UAUUUUUCCUUAUAUUAAGAAGUUGUGUAACUCCCGUUCCCGUAAUCCCACUUUCGUAAUCUCCAACAGUUCUUGGUACUGUUGUGGAGUUAUAUUCACUGAAUCCGGAACUGAUGGUCCGGCGUCCGGGUCCCCUGCAGGGUAGUGCUACCUGACUACCGGACUGGGAGGACCUAUUCCCCAGCGCUGACGGUCUGCGACAUUUGUACCGACGUUGUCAACCCAAGUUCAAGAUACCGACCCACUCAGGGUCGGCUGUGAUACGGGGAGCAACAAGCAGACAAAGAAAAAAAUGCCCAGAAGCUACGUAGAUAAUGCCUACAAUCGACGUCUGGGGAGAGUUGGCAUGCCCCUCGGGAGCAUGAUUGUUUCACGGGGAUCAUCCGGGUUCUCUUCUUCUAAAACUUACGUAGAUAAUGCUUACAAUCGGAGCGUUGGAAGAGUUGGAUUAGAGCAUGGAACAGCGGUGAUCUCAAGAAUCUUCUCCUCAUCAACAGAAAGGUAUUUCCCUGACACCUACGUAGAUAAUGCUUACAACCGGGGCGUUGGAAGAGUGGGAUUAGAUCAUGGAACAGCGUUGAUCUCGAAAUCGUCCUCAUCAACAUCAGAAAUUUCUCCUGCUAAAACCUACGUAGAUAAUGCUAACAACUGGAGCGUUGGAAGAGUUGGAUUUGAGCAUGCAACAGCGGUGAUCUCGAAAUCGUCCAACUCAUCGGAAAGUUCUUCCCCUAGGACCUACGUAGAUAAUGCUGACAACCGGAGUGAUGAAAUAGUUGGAUUUGAGCAUGGAACAGCGAUGAUCUCGAAAUCGUCCAUCUCAUCGGAAAGUUCUUCCCCUAAAACCAACGUAGAUAAUGCUAACAACCGGAGCGUUGGAAGAGUGGGAUUAGAGCAUAGAACAGCGUUGAUCUCAAAAUCGUCCUCUAUAUUAUCAGUGAGUUUUUCACCUAAAAUCUACGUUGAUAAUGUUUACAAUCGGAAUAUGGGAAGAGUGGGAUUAGAGCAAGGAACAGCGGUGAUCUCGAAAUCCUCCUCCUCAUCAUCGGAAAGUUCUUCCCCUGAAACCUUCGUAGAUAAUGCUAACAACCCGAGCGUUGGAAGUGUGGGAUUAGAGCAUGGAACAGCGGUGAUCUCGAAAUCGUCCAACUCAUCAGAAAGUUCUCCUCCUAAAACCUACGUAGAUAAUGCGUUCAACCGGAGCGUUGAAAGAGUUGGAUUAGAGCAUGAAACAGCGGCGAUCUCGAAAUCGUCCUCAUCAUCGUCAGAAAGUUCUUCCCCUAAAACCUACGUAGAUAAUGCGUUCAACCGGAGCGUUGAAAGAGUGGGAUUAGAGCAUGAAACAGCGGCGAUCUCGAAAUCGUCAUCAUCAUCGUCAGAAAGUUCCUCCCCUAAAACCUACGUAGAUAAUGCGUUCAACCGGAGCGUUGAAAGAGUGGGAUUAGAGCAUGGAGCAGCGGUGAUCUCGAGAUCCUCCUCCUCAUCAUCGGAAAGUUCUUCCCCUGAAACCUUCGUAGAUAAUGCUAACAACCCGGGCGUUAAAAGUGUGGGAUUAGAGCAUGGAACAGCGGUGAUCUCGAAAUCGUCCAACUCAUCAGAAAGUUCUCCUCCUAAAACCUACGUAGAUAAUGCGUUCAACCGGAGCGUUGGAAGAGUGGGAUUAGAGCAUGGAACAGCGUUGAUAUCUAAGAGUUCAUCACAGUCCCCAAGUGCGACAGUUUACGUCGAUAGCGCCUUUAACCGGGCACUCGGACGUGUCGGCAUGCCGCUCGGCUCUAUGGUAGUGUCAUCAGGAAAGUCUAGUACUAAAACAGGAUCACCUGUUAACCGGAAGGAAAGCGACAUCACAAUAAACAUCAGAGACCUAGUACAGGGAUAUUGCGAACGACCGGAAGACGAUAUGGACCUAGGAAACCUACAAGAAGAUCCUCUGUACGCCGAGGAAGCUUGUGAGCAGGCAGCGGACCUCAUCAACCGUAUGGACCAGGUCCGGAUAUGGCAACAAGAAUCGCAAAAGAGCAAAGGACCAUUGACGUCAGUUGAUCUUCUGAAAAGUUAUCGUGGUGAAAGAAUCGAAUUUGAUGAGCUGGAUAUGUUAAAAAAGGUUGGACAUGGAGGAUUCGGAGACAUUUAUUGCGCUAAAUGGAAAGGUACUGUAGUGGGUGUAAAGAAACUGCGGGUCCAGAGAGUGUCGAAGAAACGAUUACGAGAGUUUGCUUCGGAAGUGCAAGUCUUUUGUUCACUCAGCCACCCUAAUAUCGUCAAGUUCGUUGGCGCCUGUUGUGUGACCCCGAACAUUGCUAUCGUCAUGGAGUUCAUGGAAUACUGUCUGUUUCAAAUACUUCACACGCCUGUUUUUGAAGAGUCCUAUCUUACGGAAGAUGACAAGCUCAGCAUCAUUGUUCAAAUAUCACGUGGACUAGCAUACUUGCACAAUAAAAGCAUCGCCCAUUGUGACAUCAAAUCCCGCAACGUCCUCAUGGAUUCAAGAGAAAGUGGUUACUUAGCAAAGAUUACUGACUUCGGACUUAGCAUGAUGCGAGGUGAUUUUGAUACGUCUGAUCAGGUGCGAAAAAUCGGAACCCCUCGUUAUUCUGCCCCUGAAGUACUGCGCGGGGAACUGUUAGACUGGAAGGCUAUGAUGAGAGCCGAUGUUUACUCUCUUGGUCUUGUGAUAUUCGAGAUCAUCUCGGAAGAUGAACCAUUUGAUUCCCUAAAUGCGAAACAAAUAGAACGAUGUGUUGGACACGGGGAUAAAACACCCAUGUUCGGAACUGACGUAGAUGAAAAUCUAGAGGAAGACGUUAAAGAAUGCUGGAGCAGGAAUCCUCGUCUCCGACCGUCUGCGUCAAGUGUCCGUGAUUCAGCGGAACUGUGGGAGACUCUGUACAUGUGAAAAUCUUUGGUGACACUAGGACAAGCAUGAACAUCUCUUAUUACAAGUCUGAUUUACAA